AUGCACUGGUUGGCAGCAUUAGACAGCGCCGCAGAGCGGUUUGAUGGCGGUCGUCGGAGCUUUCCUCUGGCCAGCGAAGCUGACUUCGUUCGCAACUACGCGUACGAGCCGCCGAAUGAGGACUACGAGAAGCUCUUCUUCUGCCGAGCGACCAUCUCACGCUCGCAGCGUGAUCCAGGUGCUCGUCCGCACAGCGCAGGAUGGCUGAUCCCCACCCGUGACGAUGCCAGCGUCUGCAAGCCCGUCUUCAUUGCCCACUCCGUCUUGUCAGCGAUCUGGCUUCUGCGCGAGACGCUCGCCGACGACGUCCUGCCUGACAAUAUCUGGGAUCGUCUGGUCUGCGCGGCCGAGUCGCUUGCGGAGGACGGGAUGGAAGAGCCGCCGUCUGCGCAGAAGCCCUUUGCUUCCCCUUCACAACAGGCCUCCGCUCCACCCCCGCAACAAAAGAAGCGGCCACACCUAUCUGCGCCGGCCCCUACACCAAAGCGCGCUCGAACAACCACCGAUGAGACACAUCCAGCCAGCCCUCAGCUGUCACAGCCUAGCGAACCAGAUGAGCAGCUGAAAGACUCCCCUCUGCACAUCACUACCAUCUCCAACAACAACCGCCGUGCGGAGCAAAAACGCAGCAGGACACUCGCCACUUCGCGUGCGAAGAAGCGGCUUGCCCUUGGUCUGGUAGCACCUGGCGACAAGGCUCCUCUUCCAGAGCAGGCUGCCUACACCUCUAUUGUGCAAAAGGACAAGUCCGUUGUCGCCUGGAUCAUUAAGCAGCCGGUCUCCGAUGACACGGACUUCUACAGCUCCACCCAAACUCCCUACCUUACGGCCUGCACCCUUCUAGAGAAAGCGCGCGUGCUUGGAAACCAGUCCUCUCGGUACCACGCUGCCCAGUUCCUGCAGGCUUGGCGAGAACGUGGCUCACCCUUCAGAGGUGGCGGCGAGCUCGCUGGCAGCCAGAGCAGGACCGGUGCGGGAGCUAAGCGCUUGCAGCUGCUAAGUGUGCGCAACGAUGCUGACAGGGAUUUCUGCUUUGCCUGGAACAUCAACGACAGGACGCGAAAUCGAUACGGAAAGGGACAGAUCCGCACAGAGGCAGUUGCAGCGCUAGUAGAGUUAGUUAGUCCCAACGCCACUAAGAAGGACAAGCAGGUGUUUAGACGACGGUUAGGCCAAGCCAUGCGCUGGUACUCCAUUAGUCAGGAGCUAGGCUGGGGCAUUCUGACCCUGAUACCACACGACGAGAUUGCGAAUCGCUGGAUAGAACGCACCCUCCGUGUAGGCCAGCUGCAUGUCUGGAUUGAGCUACUUAAGAAGGAGUGUCCAGACAUUUGUGCAGCUAGCAAGGCACUUGAGAACUGGUUAGGGCCAGAGGGAAUUGCUGGCGGGCCCAUCAACGAGAAGAAAACGCUGAGCAUUGAGGCGGAGGCGCCAGCAACCAUCUACGAGGUGGAAGAGAUUCAAGACAGCGAAGACGACGAAACUGACAACAGCGUUGACGACAGCACCAGAGAGCAAAGUCAUGCUUCGCCGAAGAGUCCUACGCCAGCUCCGCGGUUGCGUCAGCUAACUUUGCUUGAAUUGUUCCAUCCUGUAGAGUAG